AUGAAACCUAGACAGUUUUUCCUGUUUUUUUUUUUUCUUAUUCCUGAAGGUCUGGCUGGUGAGUACUUCGUGAAUUUCCUGGGUGGUGAUAAUAAAUGUGAAGGCCAAAUACAAUUGCUGUAUGAUGGGCAGUGGGGCCUUCUGUGUGGGGACAGCUUGGGCAUGCAGGAGGCCUCAGUGAUCUGCAGACAGCUUGGCUGUGGCUCUGUGCAUUCUAUUUCCAAGUAUAUUUUGAUAUCUGAAGAGAUGAAACAACCUUGGCUGUCUAGUGUUCAAUGCCAUGGCGAGGAAGUCACCCUCUGGGAGUGCCUCUUGGGUUUCUGGGGGCCCCUCAGUGGCUGCAAAUGCCAGUGUGCGGCUGUGAUUAUCUGCUCAGGUGGUACCACACGACACAUCAGGCUGGCUGGUGGUAGCAGUCCUUGUGUUGGGAUUCCAGAGGCCACUGGCCUCUCUGGCCUUGCCCUGAGAUGUGACUUGCAAAAGGAGGAGGCUGGAGUUCUGUGCAGACAGCUGGAAUGUGGUACUGCUCUGCAGUGGUCCAGAGCCCAUCAUGGAGCAGAUAGGAAGCAGGAAGAGAAGUAUAUUACAUUCCAGGGAACCGAGCCUGACAUUUUACAUUGCCAGACCAAUGUGAACUUCCUAGAACAAUGUGACCUUCUGAGCUACACCCAGGUCAUUUGCACAGGACAUAUGGAGGUCUGGUUUGAGGGAGGAGCACACCUCUGUGAGGGUUCCCUGGAGGUUCUGUGAGGACUGAUGUGGGCACUCAUGUGUGGGGAUGAUGUGGGAAUGCCUAUGAGCCAUGUCCUAUGCAGAGACCUGCAUUGUGGCACUGCUGCAGUGGUCCAGAGCUCACAUGGAGCAGGGUCUGGAAAUCAAGAAGAGAAAUGUGUGUCUUGCCAAGGGACAGAAGCUAACAUUUUCCACUGCAAGGUCAAUGUGAACUUUGCAGAGCAGUGUGAUGUUCAAUCCUACACCCAGGUGGUAUGCACAGGUAGGGAUGCCCUGUGA